AUGGACGACGACGACUUCGAAGUCGUCUCCCCGACGCUAGACGGUACCGGACAGAACGGCUCGAAUCCCUCCGCAUCCAACGGAAAACAAAAGGAGAUCAUCUACGAUCAAGAGGUCGCUGCCAAGCUCGAAGAUCUUGACGCCGAGAUCGAUUCCGUCCAGAAGCAGAUCGUCGAGCUGCAAAAGCUCAAAGACUCUGUACUGCGCGAAAGGCGCAAUGUGUACAACGCCUACCUCAAAUCGCUGCGCCCGGAAGGCUCUGGCUCCAGUCGCAUAUUAGGUACCGACUAUACUGUCUCUACUUUUUCCUGGAGCGACGAUAUCCGACUCGCCGCCAUGUCGGUAUUUGGCAUCCCCUCCUUCCGCUUUUGUCAAGAGGCGGUCAUUAAUGCCGCUUUGGACGGUCGGAACGCCGUCGUAGUCAUGCCAACAGGAGGCGGUAAAUCGCUAUGCUAUCAGCUUCCCGCUAUCCUCAAGCCAGGUCUCACCCUCGUCGUGUCCCCUCUGAUCUCGCUCAUGACCGACCAGGUCUUCCACCUCCAAGAAGUCGGCAUCGAGUCUGAGCUGUUGUGUGGAAGCACUUCUCGAGAGGACUCCAAUGCCAUUCUCAAGCAGAUCCGACAUGGACCCGCCUCCGAUGAUCAACAAGCUACCGUGACUGCGUCCAAAACCCGCAGGAAUCAGCAUCAGACUGACGGCAUCAAGUUACUCUACGUCACGCCGGAGCGCAUCGCAAAGUCCAAAACAUGUCUGUCCGCCUUACAGAGCGCCUACGAGCAAGGAAGACUGUCACGCAUCGUGAUCGACGAAGCCCGUAAGUAA